GCAAACGCUCACACACCCACUCCACACACAUACACACCCACACACACACGUAGAGAGCCAUUACCAUAUACAUACAGAGACGGAAGGAGCAUUGCGAACGUGUACCACUUCUCAGUUGAUGACAUAGGCUUAAAAUCAGUGACGUCGAAGAGCCUCAAUAGUGCGAAUGACCUAAAAGUUGUCGGGAAAGAAAGCAACGAGGCAAACAGAUGCGUGAGAAAAUGGAUAAAAUGGACGCAGGAAUUUAAUAACUUCAAGGGGACAGAAAAGGCUGCGGGAUAAAACCAUCUGUGACUGAAGAAGGAAGCUCCAAUGGGAAGGCUUCUGCGGCGACUCCGGAGGCUCGUAGUGGCGGCUGGAGUGGUAGUAGUGAAUUUGGUUAUCUGCAGUGUUGUCUUCACCUUGCCGUGAGUGUUGCGAGGGUUUCCAUUACAGUAAGGAAGGUCGAUGAAGAAAUGAGAGAAAUGGAAAAGUGCCUGAUGCGACAAUAUUGCUCCCUCAAAGACUAGUAGAAGCCAAGGAGGAGGAGGGGUUAGUGGGGUGCUAGAAGUGUCGUUAUACUCCUCUUUUGUCAUUGUUUUUGUUACUGCUGUUCUUUUGAUGUUCUUUUUCUUGUGAUUUUGUUCUGGUUUGAAAAGCAUAACUAUAUAACCUUGGCAACGGCACCUUUCCUCAGUUCCCUUCUUACUUAUUUCUUCCCAUUUACUCUCUAGCUUCAUUUAGGUCUUCUUCAUCCUUCCUCUAAUUAUCCCUUCCUUUUACACUUCUGGUCUCGCAUGUUUUAAGUUAUUUUUUCUCGAAGUGGGAGGGAGAAAGGAAGUGAAGGAAUAAUAAAGGCAUAUGCAAUGUUACCAUUAUAGGUCAUACGUGUUCCAAAUUGAGCGAAACUUUGUGUAUCUUUGAGAAUUGGAAAUUAUAUAUUAUUUCAUGUUCAACUUGAAAAUGUGCAAAGAGACUUUUUUUUAUCUCGACAGAUGGUCACCUCAGUGCUUGACAGGUGUGUGUGGGCCCUCAGUAAGCGAUGCCAAGGAGAGCCUGCUUCGGCAUCUCCACAGCACGGUACACAGGCGGACAGGAGAUACACUAAAGGCGGACUUACAAGGGGACUCGUGGCAGCCGUGGAUGGUGGAUGAUGAAGGAAACUGCAGCCACUACCACACCAGGUUCGGGCGCGGCCUGACGCCGGUGCUACUGGUGUCGCUGCCGUGCUCGGGCAGCUCCUGGCUCCGCUACCUGCUGGAGGGCGCCACCGGCCUCUUCACUGGCUCCGCCUACAACGACACCCUGCUGCACCGUGGCGGUAUGAUGAGGAAGGGCAAGGGAGGCGGCGGCGAGGAAGUGGCAAGCGGCCGAACUCUCGUGUACCUGAGCCACGGCGCCGCGUCUCAGUCCGACUUCCUUUUCGACCUCCAGCAGCGGUACGAGGUUAUGGACCACACCCUGCCCACCAUCCUGCUGCUUCGGGACCCUGCCAGAACCAUUAUAGACUUCUGGCACCAGCGCAACGACGUGCCGGAGAAAGAGAGUCAAGCUGCUGGUGGUAAGGCGACGUACGACAGUGACGAUUUCCAUGACUUCGCGGGGGACGUGACGGCGGUGUGGGAGGAGGUUGCCUCGGACCGCCUGCUUUGGACCUCCGCCCCCCUCCAUGUCCUGCACUACGAGGAUCUGGAGGCCAACCCGCUGCUCCACCUGCGCCGCCUCUUACACUUCCUCAGCGUCCCGGCGGACGAGGGUCGCCUGGCCUGCCUCGCCGCCCGCCUCGCUCCCUCCCUCCGACACGACUCCUCCGGGAACCCCGACCCCUUCGCGACAGAGGAGAAAGAUAGGAUUUUUUUUGCUUCCAAGAAGGUGGAUCGCCUCCUGGAGCUGCUGCAGUACCCGCGCCUCCCACGCCUCCGCGACCCCCGCCGGUAGCGUCUGGCAGCCCUUCCUUCCUAGUGUUGUUUGACUGAAUUGUUGAUUUUUACUUGCAUAUACACAUGUACAAUUUACCGAAGAUAACAAAGGAAAGUAUAGAUAGUUGCUUGCUUCCUGUUUGUUCCUCUGUAUAGUUAGGAUAUUUUAAUCGUAUGUAAAAAGUUGUUUGUUUGCUGAUGUUUAAUUCUAAGGGUCGGCGGGCCGCUAACAGCAAAGAACCCGCUGCUGUUUUUCCCACUAGAUGGUGAUGUAACCUUUAUCGUAACUGUUUGUGCCGACGGUAACUCUUUGUAAGACAUUUGUCAGUCAGGAGCAGUCUGGGUAAUGGAAUUUCCAUGAAGAUAGCUGAGGUUGAGCGAUGAUCUCAUCGACUGUCUCCAAGUGAAUACAUUGUACUAGACGUGAGCACAUUCCCCACGCAGAGGGCCAUGAUGCAGCGUGGCGACAGAAUAUGUAGCACACCCGACACAAAUCACCAAUCUGUCGCCAUUAGAAUCAUAUUUCCAUUUUUCUCUUUUAAGUAGCGAAGAGGAACGUGCUUUCGUUGCCUUGUAUUUGUUCUUCACGCUUUUCUCGACGAGCAGGAAAAUAGCUGACGAGGGAUGACGAUGGACUGUGGCUGCAACAUAUGUAAAUUCCAUUAAAUUACAGUAUUCUACGCACGCCUCGGGGGAUACAGAACAAGAGGCGAGAGAGGGAAGAUAUGGAAUAGGUUUUGUUGUUUUGUUGUUCACAUGCUUUUACAAACAUCUUAUAUAUCGUAGGUGCAGGAGAUUUAGAGCCAACCACACUGAGCCCUUCUAUUCAUGCCUCCGAUAACUAUGAGCAAGAGGAAAGGAGUGGAGGUCGUUUAAAAGGGUUUGUUCCUUUAGUAAACAUGUUAUAUAUAAUACCUGCGCGUGGUUUAUGAUAGACUAACAAGGGAUGAGAGUGAAAGAGAUAUUGUUGUUAUAGCCUCUACGUUGCUUUCUAUCCUGUACACGCCUGAAAGUGAAGCGAGUCCGAGCGUGUAUCUCCAUGUUGGUAACUUCGCGCCCAAACCCUUUCCCUCGUGAGCACCGCCGCAUGAAGUGAUCCAGCGGCUGAUGCGUUAAUCGCGGUGGAGCGUGAUAGAAUAACCAUUGAACUGAAUUUCCCGGUGUACUUUUGUGUGCUGCCUUUUGGGUGGGUCGGUGCGUGGUUUGCAACGGCUUUGACUAUUCAUGGGUGCAAUCUGUUCGUUCCCGUUCAUCUUCUUAUCCGCGAAAAGUCUCGGAUUGGGAAAGAGAGUGCAAGGGAUGAGGCUUGGCUGGGUAAGCUUCAUCGGACAACCUGGUGUGUGUGUGUGUGUGUGUGUGUGUGUGUGUGUGUGUGUGUGUGUGUGUGUGUGUGUGUGUGAAGCAUCGAUAACUUGUUCAUUUCUUUUGUGUUAUUGUUCUAUGUUAUGUUCGUGUAUACAAGUCAAUUACUUAUGUAGUUAAUGACAUAAGAUCCUAAUUUUGUUUUUCUUUUAUACCUCGACCCCUUGUUUCUGUAUCCAUUCUUUAUCUCGUCUCCUAUUUCUGUGCUCGUUCUUGCCCCAGACCCUUGUUUCUGUAUCCAUUCUUUAUCUCGUCUCCUAUUU